AUGAAAUCUGUUUUAGAAAAAAUUGAGGAAAAACGAGUCGCCAAAAAGAAGAAACUAGAGGAACACUCUGAGACUAUGACAAAAAAAAUUAAAAAGAGGAAAAAUAAAAAAAGUUUUAAAAAACAAAUGAUAAAGGAGAGUUCAUCAUCUUCUGAUGAAGAUCUACAUGUUCUAUGUGAUGAUGAAGAAGAGUUAGAUGAUGAUUUUUCUGAAGGAAGGGGAGGUGAGACAGGUGUCGAGGAACUAUGCGUUAUUUGUGGUGAUUUCGGGAAGGAUAACGAAUUGUGGUACAGUGCGUCAGCUGUGGUAGCUGGUCGCACGCUUUAUGUUCCGGAUAUGAUUCUGCAGUUAAUUAUUUUUGUGGAUUUUGUAUGUAAAGACAGGAAAACGUUUAUGAUUUAUAUUAGAAGUUCAUUACCGUUUAUUUUGAGUUAA